AGAUCCAGCUGCCUCCCGAAAUAAUUUCUGUCUCGGGCGUCUGGAAGUAGGCUCGGACGAUGUCGAUCACGGUUCAAUAUCAUCGCCUCCUCAACUGAUUCGGGAGACGUAUGGAGAAGAAACGAAAGGGAGCAGUUUAAGUCCAGCUGUAAAAGCAGAAGAGAAAAUGAACGCAAAGAGAAAUAGUGAGACUUGAGAAAUAUCAACGGAAAUGAACAUGACCGCGAUCUAUACUGAUGCAAAACAAUCGCUGUCUCCCAAAAAGUAUGCAGACAACCACACUAUGAUAAUAUAUGCACCUCCCGCUCCAAACCAUAUCACGGUCUCCCGACGGUACUUUCUCCUACAUCCACGAACACUGGCUCCGAAUAAAUGUGUAGACAACCACAUAUUAACAAUAUCCCAUCUCUCACAAAAACACCCCUUAUGGCCGUCGAUAGUACUCCCUCCUCCUUCCCCCAUCCUCGACAACCACCCUCUCCCUCUCCCUCUCCAUAGUCCUCGCCGACAUCCUCGGGUUCGUCUCAUAAGUAAUACUCCUACUCCGCCUCAUCCCCUCCUCCUCAAUAUACCUGUCGCUCGCCCUGGGCGGGGCCCCAGCACCCUCCACAUAUCUAUAAGCAGGCGCCAUCUCCACACUCCUCCUCGGUUCCGGGCCAGGAUCAAUCCGUUCCCUCACCCUUUCCCGCUCGAUGUACACUUCCUCCCCGCCUCGACUCCCGUGUCUGCUCUUCUUCGUAUUCGCAUUACUAACACUCACGCUCGCCCUGCUCGCGCGCGGACUGCCCCUCCUCUUCUCCUCCUCCACCUCCACCAAUUCAAUCCUCGGCACAGGAGGCGGGGCAGGAACUCUCACGACUUGAGGCGGGGUCCCGAUACGGAUAAUAGGUGUUGAGGUUCGAGGGGCUUGUAUGAAUUGUGCGGGAUGGGGAGAAGA